AUGGCCAUUACCAAGUCUUUGAGCUUCUUCUUAAAGAAAAUGCUGAUCAUAAAUCUUAAAGACCAACAUGGUGAGACAAAUUUAAUGUUUGCCUGUCAGAAUGGCUAUCAUGAACUCAUUGAGCUACUUCUCAAAGAAAAUGCUGAUCCUAAUGUUCAAAAUCAAUAUGGUGUAACUGCUCUAAUGUUUGCUGGUCAGAAUGGCCAUAACCAAGUUGUUGAGCUUCUUCUCAAAAAAAAUGCUGAUCCUAAUCUUCGAGAUCUAGAUGGUGUGACUGCUCUAAUGUUUGCAAGUCAGAAUGGCCAUUAUCAGGUUGUUGAGCUUCUUCUCAAAGAAAAUGCUGAUCCUAAUCUUCAAGAUCUAGAUGGUGUGACUGCUCUAAUGUUUGCAAGUUUAGCAACAGGCCAAACUGGUUUUGGUCUUGGUAGAGUUAGUCAGACAAGUUUUAAUCUUGGUGGAGGUGGUCUAGGUGCUGGAGGUCUUGGGGGACUAAAAUCUGGACUAGGAGGACUUGGUCAACCUGGUGGUUUGGGAGGAGGCUUCAGUGGAACUGGUAUGGGAAUCGGGACAGGAUUAGGAACUGGUCUAGGAGGUACUAGCCUUGGAACUGGUCUCGGCACCACUGCUCUUGGAACUGGUCUUGGAACAGGCCUUGGUACCACUGGUCUUGGAACAGGCCUUGGUACCACUGGUCUUGGAACAGGCCUUGGUACCACUGGUCUUGGAACAGGCCUUGGUACCACUGGUCUGGGAACUGGCCUUGGUACCACCGGUCUAGGAACUGGUCUUGGUAUGACUGGUCUAGGGAGAGGAACUGGUCUUGGUACAACUGGUCUUGGAACUAAUCUUGGUACUGGACUAGGAACUGGUCUUGGUACUGGACUAGGUGCAACAAAGAUUGGAGGGGGUGGACCCCUUGGAGGGCUGAGUCUCGCAGGAGCACAAAAAGGAGUCAAGCUGGAGGCAAUUCUCCGUGAGUUAGAAUCGCCCCACUCUCUUGAAGGUUUGUCUCUUGUUUCCCUUCAGCACUUAACACAACAGCAAGGAGCACUCUCGGAAAUGAUCAAGAUUAUGAAACAAGAUUUUCAAGAUUUGAAAACCGUUGAAGAUGGUCUAAAGAACAUGGCACAAUCUCUUUGA